ACCGUGGCUUCCGGGUGUCGCUGUCGGCGGCAAUGGCUCCGGGCAGCUGGCACUGGGCUCGGAAGGCGCUGGCCGCGGGCCGGCCUCUGUUCCAGGGCCGCGCGCUGCUCGUCACCAACACGCUGGGCUGCGGCACGCUCAUGGCCGCGGGUGACGGCGCGCGACAGGCCUGGGAGGUGCGUGCGCGGCCGGAGCAGAGAUUCAGCGCGCGGCGCUCAGCCAGCAUGUUCGCGGUGGGCUGCAGCAUGGGCCCCUUCCUGCACUUUUGGUACCUGUGGCUGGACCGCCUCCUCCCUGCCUCGGGCCUGCGAAGCCUCCCGAGCGUGAUGAAGAAGGUCCUGGUGGAUCAGACGGUAGCAUCUCCGGUACUGGGCGUUUGGUACUUUCUGGGCCUUGGCAGCCUGGAGGGCCAGACGCUGGAGGAGAGCUGCCAGGAGCUGAGGGCCAAAUUCUGGGACUUCUACAAGGCUGACUGGUGCGUGUGGCCCGCUGCCCAGCUGGUGAAUUUCCUCUUCAUCCCUUCACAUUUUCGAGUCACCUAUAUCAAUGGGCUGACACUGGGCUGGGACACAUACCUGUCCUACCUCAAGUACUGGGCCCCCGAACCACUCCCAACUCCAGGCUGCACGAGCUGAGCAGAUGAGUAGAGGGACAGAUGCCCUCCCAUGCAGGUCCAAGCAUCCAAAACCCAGGCUGGCCCUUCAAGUCCGCCCCGGAGGAGACUCAGUUUCCCCAUGUGGAACAGCUGCCAGCAGCCGCUGUCAGUCCCCAGGCUUUCACUGGAACCAUGAAGUUGUCAACCUGGAAUGUGUUAUCUACUGGACGACCCAGGGCCAAAACCAAGGACAUGCCACAUGGCCUUGGAAUGGAUGGGGUCUGGUUUGGCCUCAGAAAUCGUGAUGUGAGGCAGAGCACUGGUGUGGAAAUUUCAUUAAAUUCUCUUUAUCACAA